AUGUAUUCCUUUCCAAAGCUGCAAAAAGCUAUUGUUCUCACUGGAACCAGUGACACCUACGAGGUUCUUAAGUAUCAAGACGUCCCCACCCCACAGAUCGAAUCUCCAAAAGGUAUUAUCAUCAAGGGAAAGUACGCUGCUGUCAACUUUGUUGAGACAUACUUCAGAAAGGGUUGGAAUUCCCCCCAAAUUCCAUUGAUUUUAGGAAGAGAUGGUGCUGGUGAAAUUGCGGCUGUUGGAUCCGAGGUCAAAGACUUUAAAGUGGGCGAUAAAGUUGUCUACUUAUUGAAAAAUUCUUACUCUGAAUACAUUAAAACCUCUGCUGAAGAACAGCGUAUUUCCAAGCUUCCAGCUGAUACAACCGAGAAGGACUUGGAAUUGUAUGGGUCGUUACCAGCACAGGCUAUAACUGCAUACAUUUUCGCUGAAAAGGCUGGUUACACUCCAAAGACAGGUGACCAUGUAUUGGUUUGGACUGCUGCUGGGGGAGUGGGGCAAGUACUUGUUCAACUUUUAAAUGAUUUUGGUGUCAAUGUUAUUGGUUUGUCGUCUACCGACGAAAAAUUGGAGUUCGUAAAGAGCUUGGGUGCAAAAUACACCAUUAACUACAAGACAGAUGAUGUUGUCAGUAAGGUCAAGGAGUUUACCGAAGGCAAGGGUGUCAAUGCAGUCUAUGAUGCUGUUGGUAAAGCCUCCUUCGACACCACUAUUGCGUCGUUGGGACAAAAUGGGGUUUUCAUUAGUUACGGAACCUCUAGUGGUGCGAUUCCACCAGUUAACCUUGGAAUUUUGACUCCUAAAAACCUCGUUUUUACCAAACCUAACCUUUUCGGGUUCCUUCCUGACAGAAACACUUGGAACUAUUACCUCAACAAGGUUAUUUAUGAUUACAAAUCUGGUAGAGUCAAGUACCUGCCCGUUGUAUAUGACAUGAAGGACUACGCUAAGGUUACUGAGCUUUUGGAAGCUGGUUCCACUUCGUCUAAAUUUGUAUUGAAAAUCUAA